AGAAGAAGAAACCGAAGAAGAAGAAGAAGCAGCAGGCGGAAACAUGGCUGCCCUCAGUGCUGUACUGCGCUUAUUUCGCUCAUGUCAUGGAGUGAGACCUGUGGAUUUUGAUGCUAGAACCGUUUUACGUGGUGUUAAGCGGCUGUCUUGUAGUUUAUCCUCAGUGGACAAUACUGACGGGGUUAAAAAAGCCCAGUUCACGGAUGCUGAAGUUCAAGACAUUUUGACAAGAAUCACAAGUUUGGAUUUGAAUAAAGUGUUUCGUCCGCUUAAACAGGAGCUAAAACCACCAAAGUAUAAACUUCUGACUGACGCUCAGUUAGAGGAGGCUGUGUGGAAGGCAGAGGAACAGGCCCAGAGGUUGCUGAAGAUGCCCCCAGUUUUACCAGAAAGGCAACCCAUUGAGGAUGUCCUGUGUGAGGAUAAGAUACUGGAAGGCAUGGACACGGCCAAAUACGUCUUCACAGACAUCACCUACAACAUCCCACACCGAGAGCGGUUUAUUGUGGUGAGAGAGCCGAGUGGGGUGCUGCGCAAAGCAUCAUGGGAGGAAAGAGACCGACUCAUACAGGUUUACUUCCCCAGGGAGGGCCGCAAGCUCACAGCGCCACCUGUCUUUAAAGAAGAAAACCUCAAGGUCUUGUUCGGGCAAAACAGACACGAGGAGGUUCUGAACUACUGCCUGGUCCAGUUUGAACCCGACUCUGCAGAUUUCAAGCGGGUACACACACUGACCUACGAGGACAUCGAGAAAUACGGGAAAUAUGACCUUCUCAGAUCCACGUGUUUAUUUGGAGGUGUUGUGUGGCACCUCGUCAGCAGCCGCAGAAUAGACGGACUGUUGCUGGACAUGCUGCAGAGAAACCGGCUACAGGAUGCAGUGGAUUUAGUGCAUCUGUUUAAUCUGGUGCAUCCUCAGAGUGAUGUGGCUUUACAGAGCCAACAAGCCACAGGCAUCGACCUGCUCAAGGUCUAUGCUGAUUGUGAGUCUCAGAAGCCUGCAAUAAAGUUGGCUUUGCAGUCAUACGAACAGGCGAUGGCAGUGAACUCUGCUUAAAUUGAAACUGUACCAAAGUGCGGCAUCAUGUGAGACAUCACUAUGUAUUGUACAAUAAGACGUUUUGUAAUACUACAACUGCACAGAAUAUUGCAAAUUGAUUAUUGUUCUUGUGUAACACUGUGUGUUAAUAAACUCUCAGCUAUGUGAA